CUGGGUAGCAGGGUAGGCUGUAGCGCGCUCCCUAGUAACACAGAGUGGAGGAGGGUGAGGUAAUUCUGAGAGGAUUCUGCUGCACCGAGACACACACACACUGGCAAAUUAAUUAGUGGUUUAAGGAGGAACUAAAACCGAGCGAAUGUUUCGAAAUUACAAUAACUAAACAUAUCAGUUAUUAACUGGUAAAUAUUGCGCAUAAAAAGGCGAACUGUUUGAACUUUAGAAGCUAAUUUCUCGUAGCGCCUGCCUGCUCUCUCGCUUCUGCUCGAAUAUUGCAGUCAUGUCGGCGGGAGGAGAUUUCGGGAACCCGCUGAGGAAAUUUAAGUUGGUGUUUUUGGGAGAGCAGAGUGUUGGGAAGACUUCAUUGAUCACCAGGUUUAUGUAUGACAGUUUUGACAACACCUAUCAAGCAACAAUAGGAAUAGAUUUUUUGUCAAAAACCAUGUACCUGGAAGACAGAACAAUCAGGUUGCAGCUCUGGGACACUGCGGGUCAGGAACGCUUUCGUAGCCUCAUUCCCAGUUACAUCCGUGAUUCAGCCGCAGCUGUAGUAGUUUACGAUAUUACAAAUGUAAACUCUUUCCAGCAAACAACAAAAUGGAUUGACGAUGUCAGAACGGAGAGAGGGAGCGAUGUUAUCAUCAUGCUGGUGGGGAAUAAGACGGAUCUAGCAGACAAAAGGCAAGUAUCUAUCGAGGAGGGGGAGAGGAAAGCCAAAGAGCUGAAUGUAAUGUUUAUUGAAACUAGUGCUAAAGCAGGAUACAAUGUAAAACAGCUUUUUCGACGUGUAGCAGCUGCCUUGCCUGGGAUGGAAAGCACACAGGACAAGAGCAGAGAAGACAUGAUCGACAUAAAACUGGAAAAGCCCCCAGAACAGCCAGUCAGUGAGGGAGGUUGUUCCUGUUAAUAUCAUGUAUCUCAUCUCCUCUCUCUCUCGUCUGUCUGUGUGUCUCUCUCUCUCUCUCUCUCUCUCUCUCUCUCUCUCUCUCUCUCUCUCAAAUGAAAUGCCACUGCUGCUUCUCAUUUCCAUCAGAUGCAGUGUGAAUAUCAGCUCGUAACUUUCCCUGUCAAUAUAAAUAUAUAAAAAAGAAAGAAAGACAGUUGCAGUUUUAUUGCUGGCGGCCUCGUUGUAUGGCCUAUUAGCAUCCCAAGCACAAAACUGAAGAUAGUCAGUGCUGUCAUAUUUCCAAAAACAAAAUGCCAUAUUCCAACAGAUUUAGGCGCUUGCCUCUUAAGUGGUACAUCCUGUUUUGGGUUUAUUUAUUAAAAUACUGCACUUUUAAUGUGAAAAUAAUAAUCAGUUUGAAAAGUUUGAGUCUGGCUUUAGAACACAUGCAGGGAUGAGCCUGUGUUGAACGCUGAUUCACUCUUUAACAAUGACAGAAUCGACAGCUAUACAACAGAUAACUUUUUUGUUUUGCUUUCUUUUUACUCUUUCAGUUAUUUACACAGAAGGGUUAAAAAAAGCUCUAAAUUCUAAGUGCUGAGUUUUGAUACAGUAAUAGAAUCAUUAAGAAUAUAACUAUUACAUUUGAAAAAAAAAUCCCUUUAGUUGAAUCAAUGAAGUGACUUGCUGAAUGCAUAUUUGUAAACCAGAGAUGUUUCAGCAUGUCAAACAUUUUCAAACAGCAAAACCUUAAUUAAAAAUACAAAUAGUUAGCAAGCUUGAAUACAUCAGGAGAGUCAUUAUUUUAAUGCAAAAAGUUUAAGUAAGGGGAAGUAUCAUAUUUGAUACCUGAAAAAUGAUGCAGACAUUGCUGUGCCUUUUUAUUUAGUUGACCAUUUUCUUAGGGCUUCCACUGGUUUGUUUUAUUUUUUGUUAGGUUUGUAUAGUUUGAUUUAACAUACCUGUGAUAAUAUACUAUAGAGUUAUUUAACUAGUUUAUAUAAUUAACCCUGCCUUCUGUAAUUUAUUUCUGAAACUGGAUCAUUUAAAAUUAUUGUCAAACAAAAAAUGUUUUUUAGGUUUUGGUAUUUUUUCAGAAGUAAUCUUAGCUCCUCCCACCACUUAAAACACUGAAAGUAUAAUCCAUAAACCUUUCAAUCCCUUA